AUGGAAGCCGUCAGCACCGUGGACGGGAAGCUAGGUCUUGAUGUGUACUUUCCUGGGUGCGACUUGUACUAUCGCCAGGAGCGUCCUAGAUACCUUCCCUACAUGGAUGGGAGCCUGUAUAAGCCCUGGCAGCCAUAUGAUCCCACACUGUUGGCGAUUGAGCAUCAGAGACGCAGCUCACCCGCAAAUAUUGGAGAGGCCUGCAUUUAUGGCAGUCUUGCACAUGUCAUCAAAUUCUGGGCACAGGGCCAAGAUAUACAUCAACGUCCUGCCGAGUUUGGAGGAGACGCGACACUGCUUAUGUGGUGCGCACUCCGUGGUAAUUUGGGCGUUGUGAAAUUUCUGCUUGACCAGGGUGUGAAGCUCAAUGAGUCUAAUAGAUUAGGCCACACGGCGCUUCACUGGGCAGUGACAGGUGUUCAAUACGACGUGACACGUUUACUUUUGGAUCAUGGCGCUGACCCUCUUCAAAAAGAUUAUCAAGGGUACAGUGCAUACUUUUUGGCUGUCCAAGCAAACAACCUUCCAUUAUUACUAAUGCUAUGCGAAUGUUAUCCGCUUGACCCGGAAGAACGGGAUGUGGAAGGUCAUUCCUUGUUGCACUGGGCAGCAUACACGAAUGCUCUGGCAAUUUGUCAGUACCUUGUCGAAAAGUGCCACGUUGGUUUAAAUGCGUGUGACAACAAUGGACGCACCCCGCUUAUCUGGGCGGCUCGCGAAGGCUACGCUGUGGUUGUGGAGUACCUUGUCUCACUGGGUGCUCAUACAGGUGCCGCAGAUGUAGACAAUUACACGGCAAUACAGUAUGCAUGUUUUAGAAAUCAUCGAGAGGUGGUGUACGUGCUGACGAAAAACCCUGCGGUGCAGGGCUGUGGCAUUACUGCCUCGCUCAACGGCGACUCUUUGCAGAGUAUUACUUCGGAAAGCGGGUACGCUGAUGUGCGUCAGAAUCGGCGACGUGGUACAAUGAGCAUGAUGCUUCACGAGCCAAUUUUUUUGGCUAUUUCACUCUUUGGUUUUUUCUAUGUGCUGCUUGGGUACUUAAUUUUAAAGUUUAUGCCCCCCUUGAUUAGCCACGCCAUCGUGGCUUUCUUUUUCUUUCGAAAUUCGCUCUGGGUGCUUCUCUUUGGAUUACCUGUGCAGGGAGGAAAACCAGAGCUUUCUCACGUACAAAAGUUGGGCAUUGCGAGUAGCUUUGGUGAAUCUGCGCGUGGCUUUUGGCUCUUCAGAAACCGUGAUGCGGCUUUACUCUUCGCAUUAGCGACGUUUUUGCUGCUGCAGCAAUACGCGUGGACGAAGAUGGGUCUUAUACCGAUAGUCACGUACUAUCUUCCUGAUGAAACCGCACUUAUGAGACACGCCCUUGAACGUGCUCACCAACCCAAAGAAAAUACAUUAUUGAAUCUGUUCUUUCAUAAGAAGGUUGAGCUGGAGCAAUUUGUACUACUGUCUUUGUUUUGUCUCGUGGCGUUGAGUGGCAUGCUCUGCAAACUGCUUUCCAUGCGUUCUACGCAUGAGCCGCCUGAGUCGUCACUGGAUACCUCUCCUGUGUGGCCAAUUAUGAGGCAACGCGCCUACCGCUGGUUGCACCCUCGUAUCCUUUCCAUGGAGAGGCACAUGUCGAUUCCACUCCGUACCUUUUACUGUUACGAACGCGACAUAUUCUUGCGGCGCUUUGAUGGCUACAGCAUCCUUCUUGACUGUCCAAUUGCGGAGAGUAAUCAUGGCUGGUUCUUUAUUUUUGUCACCAGCUUGGCAUGUUUUCAGUGGCUUAUAUUUUUUUGGUCCUGGGAACAGACAAGCGAGUUGCUGCAGUGCCCCAAACACUCAUCCUUUUUUGGGUGGGUUGUUGGGUCACUGUGGAACCUACUUAUUCACGCACUGCCGUGUCGCGAUGAAGCGGGUUUUGCUGCGCUUUCCUAUGGCCCUUGGUUUUCGUGGAUUCGGCACGUAUUCCCAACUGCGGCGAACUCCCUCGGCGUGUGGCUGCUGCAGUAUAGUUUUUGUUUCGCCACCAUGAUGACAUGGGUGGCUGUGCGGCAAUGGGUGGCCGCGGCCACAGGUGCAACACGCGUAGAAUUGGCGAACCCCACGGCACCAAGUAGCGAAGGUGGCCUUGUCAGCAUUUUUCCUCCGACGCUCUCCUCUGCCGCCCCCUGGAUUCCUCCAGAAGGCGUCACAGAAGGAGUGGCACCACCCGAGGAGGACGGCACGGUUGUGCCGCAUGCAAUGAAUAAGGGUAACUAUCGCUGCAUAUAUGCGGAGUAUAAACGUGCAUUGUUGAAUAUUGUUGCCUUCUUGCUUGGUCGCGCGGGACGUCGUUGGAGUGGUGCAGUAGCUGUUUCCCCUUCAAACACGCCAUUGUCUAUUCUCUCGGUACUGAGUGACCCUUGUGUUGCGUAG